AUGGCUGGUAAUCGAAUGCGCCGAAUUGGCAAGGAGAUGGCCGACAUUCAUGCCGACACCAAGUCCCAGAUCACGGCGGUCCCUGUGAACGACCAAGAAGAUAUCACACAUCUGCGGGGGUCAUUUCCAGGUCCCCCGGGUACUCCAUAUGAGGGAGGCACCUAUAAUGUCGAUAUCAAGAUCCCAACCGAUUACCCUUUUAGGCCCCCAGUCAUGAAAUUCGAGACCAAGGUUUGGCACCCGAAUGUCAGCAGCCAGACAGGUGCUAUAUGUCUUGACACUCUUUCAAGCGCGUGGUCGCCAGUUCUGACCAUCAAAUCUGCGCUUCUUUCCCUGCAAUCCUUGCUCAGCACACCCGAACCAAAAGAUCCACAAGAUGCGGAAGUGGCCAACAUGCUCCUGAGGGCACCUAAGGAGUUUGAGCGUGUUGCACGACAAUGGGCCGUGGCAUAUGCAGGUGCUCCUGAGGGCGGUGCUGGAGCUGGCAGUGUAGAUCAUCAAGAUGCAGCGAAGACUGCCUAUGACGACCUGGCUCAGUAUGACGGAUACAAUCGAGACUUGGUCGAUCGCUUCGGCGGUAUGGGCUUUGAUAUAGCACGCGUUGUGGCAGCUUUCCGAGACGUUGGAAUUGAACGAAACGGUGGCAUGGAUCAUGAACUCUCGGAAGGUCAAAUGGGUGACGUUACAACUCGUUUACUUGGAGAAUAG